CCUUCCUUCCUUCCUCUCUCUCGCCUCAUUCUGUAGAGGCGCCUCCGUCCGCUACACUUCCCCGAGUCGGAGGGGAGGACGAGGAGGAGGAGGAGGAGGAGGGCGCCGGGCCGGUUCGCUUCCCUUCCACGCAGCCGUUACGUUCGCGCUCCGCUUUGUGCGGGCUGGAGCGGCGAAGGCGCCGGGGCUGCCCUCGUCCUCAGCCCGGCCCCGCUUCCAGGGAAGCUCCGGCCAGGCGGCGGCGGCGGCGGGGCCGGGCAAGAAGUUUACUUGAAGCCGCCGCGCCCGCCUUUCCCUUCCCUUUGCCCCUCCGACCUCCCUCCCUCCCUUGCCUUCUCCCGCGGCGGAGAUGAAGCUCAGCCGGCAGUUCACCGUCUUCGGCAGCGCGAUCUUCUGCGUGGUGAUCUUCUCGCUCUACUUGAUGCUGGAUCGGGGCCACUUCGACCACCCCAAGAACCACAGGAGGGAGGGGUCCUUCCCACAGGGUCAACUUUCAAUACUACAAGAGAAAAUAGACCACUUAGAGCGCUUAUUAGCAGAAAACAAUGAAAUAAUUUCAAACAUAAGAGAUUCUGUGAUCAAUCUGAGUGAAUCUGUCAAAGAUGGACAACGUACUCCAGAUGCUAUAAGCUUUAUUCAAGGAAACUUCUCAGAGCAAUCACCUUUUGCCACUAUGUACCUCUCAAUUGAUUCUGAAGAUUGUCAGUUUGCUUCAAAAGCUGGAAGCCAAGCUUCAGAUGUACAGAUGCUUGAUGUCUACAACAUUCUCCCUUUUGAUAAUCCUGAUGGUGGAGCUUGGAAACAAGGGUUUGAUAUCACUUAUGAUGAACACGAGUGGGAUAGUGAACCUCUACAAGUUUUUGUUGUGCCUCACUCACACAACGAUCCAGGUUGGCUAAAAACAUUUGAUGACUACUUCAGAGAUCAGACACAACAUAUUCUCAAUAAUAUGGUUAUAAAACUGCAAGAAGAUAAGGGAAGAAAAUUUAUGUGGUCCGAAAUUUCAUAUUUUUCAAAGUGGUGGGAUGGAAUAGAUAGUCAAAAAAAGGAUGCUGUGAAAAGAUUAAUUGAAGAUGGCCAGUUUGAAAUCGUGACUGGGGGAUGGGUCAUGCCUGAUGAAGCUUCACCCCAUUAUUUUUCUUUAAUUGACCAGCUGAUAGAAGGACACCAGUGGCUAGAGAAGGCACUAGGAGUAAUCCCAAAAUCUGGCUGGGCAGUUGAUCCCUUUGGGCAUUCACCAACUAUGGCUUAUAUUUUGAAACGUUCUGGAUUUUCCAAUAUGCUCAUACAGAGAGUUCAUUAUUCAGUUAAAAAGCAUCUUGCAAGCCAGAAAUCACUAGAAUUUUUUUGGAGGCAGAAUUGGGAUUUGGGAUCUAAUACGGAUAUUCUCUGCCACAUGAUGCCUUUUUAUAGCUAUGACGUUCCUCACACUUGUGGCCCAGAUCCUAAAAUCUGCUGCCAGUUUGACUUUAAACGCCUUCCUGGAGGAAGAGUCAGUUGUCCCUGGAGAAUUCCUCCGGAAGCCAUUCAUCCAGGAAACAUCCAGCAGAGGGCAUGGAUGAUUUUAGAUCAGUACAGAAAGAAGUCAAAGCUUUUCCGUACCAAAGUAUUGUUGGCUCCAUUAGGAGAUGAUUUUCGCUACAGUGAAAGUUCAGAAUGGGACCAGCAGUAUCAAAAUUAUCAAAAGCUUUUUGAUUACUUGAAUUCUCAUCCUGAAUACCAUGUUAAGGCUCAGUUUGGGACCUUAUCCGAUUACUUUGAGACGCUCCGAAAAACCAGUAAUUUGGAUGAAAAAAACAGCAAUUCAGUGUUCCCUGUUCUGAGUGGAGAUUUUUUCACCUAUGCAGACAGAGAUCAUCAUUACUGGAGUGGGUAUUUUACAUCACGACCCUUCUACAAACGCCUAGAUAGGAUAUUAGAAUCAUAUUUAAGGUCUGCAGAAAUGCUUUAUUCUUUAGCUCUGGUACAGUCUAAGAAAACGGAGAAAAUGAAAGCAUUUCCUUCAGUAGAUCACUUCAGAUUACUAACAGAGGCUAGGAGAAACCUGGGACUUUUCCAACAUCAUGAUGCUAUCACAGGAACAUCUAAAGACUGGGUUGUUGUGGAUUAUGGGACUAGGCUUUUCCACUCUUUAAUUAACUUGAAGAAAAUCAUCACUGAUUCUACUCACAUUCUUAUUCUAAAGGACCAAGAAAUGUAUAGUUAUAAUCCAUCAGAACCAUUCCUUACAAUGGAUGAUUCUCAGUCCUCACAAGACUCUUUGCCACACAAGACCAUCAUGCAACUGAGUAAUCAGCCAAGGUACCUUUUGAUUUAUAAUCCUACAGAACAAGACCGUUCUUCAGUGGUUUCAGUCUAUGUGAACACGCCCAGAGUUAAAGUCCUGUCUCCUUCUGGAAGAGCUGUUUUGGUUCAACUUAGUGCAGUGUGGGAUGGAACGGAUAAAAUAUCGUAUGAUGCAUAUCAGAUUUCUUUCUUGGCUCACAUACCACCUUUAGGUUUUGGAGUUUACCAGCUUCUAGAGGGACUAGGUUCGGAAACUGCAUUAGCUGAUUAUAAUCUCUAUCAUAACGAUAAAGCUAAAGCAAUCACACCAUACAGGGUUUUCAACGUUAAAGGAAUACAGAAUGCUUUGGAUGAGAUAAUGUUAGAAAACACUUACAUGAAAAUCUGGUUCUCUGGCCACUCUGGACUCAUUGAGAAAGUAAACACAAAGGAAGACAAUAAAAAUUAUCGUGUGAAGUUGGAUUUUGUGUGGUAUGGAACUACAAGCAACAGAGAUAAGAGUGGAGCUUAUCUUUUCUUACCGGAUGGAGAUGCCAAGCCUUAUGUUUCUUCUGAUCCACCUAUCAUAAGAGUUACACAUGGCAGAAUUUUUUCUGAAGUUACUACUUUUUUCCAUCAUUUGACUCACACAGUACGACUUUACAAAGUUCAUGGAUUAGAAGGCCAGUCUCCUGAGAUCACCAAUAUUGUGGACAUCAGAGGAGAACAGAAUCAUGAGAUUGCAAUGAGAAUUUCUACUGAUAUAGAAAGCCAAAACAGAUUUUAUAGUGACCUCAAUGGAUACCAGAUUCAGCCUAGACAGACAAUGAGCAAAUUGCCUCUUCAAGCAAAUUUUUAUCCAAUGACCACAAUGGCUUAUGUCCAGGAUAACAUGAUUCGCUUGACUCUUCAUUCAGCUCAGUCUCUUGGAAUUUCAAGUUUAAAAAGUGGCCAAUUAGAAGUCAUCAUGGAUCGUCGACUUAUGCAGGAUGACAACCGAGGUUUAGGACAAGGUGUACAUGAUAACAAAAUUACCGCUAAUCUGUUCCGACUUCUGUUGGAGAAGAGAAAUGGAGUCGAUACGAAAGAAGAGAAGUUAUCAGUCAGCUAUCCUUCUCUCCUUAGUCACAUCACAUCAUCUUUCAUGAAUCACCCCAUGAUUCUGAUGGCUACCUAUGCAGACACUGGUGUCCCAUCCCUAUUGAAUACUUUUUCACCACUAACUGCACCCAUGCCCUGUGAUAUGCAUAUCGUCAAUUUAAGAACAAUACAGUCAAAGGCAGAUUCAGGUCCAUCAGAUGAAGCUGCCCUCAUUCUUCAUAGGAAAGGAUUUGACUGCAGAUUUGCAAAUACAGAUCUAGGGCUCCUCUGCUCCACAACUCAGGGAAAGCUAAAAAUGCACAAACACUUCAACAAAUUUCAUGUGGAAAGUCUUACACCAACAUCCUUAACUUUGAUGCAUUCACCUUCAGAUGCCAGAAAUAUGAGUGAGAUCAGCAUGAGUCCUAUGGAGAUAAACACAUACAGAAUUCGGUUGAGAUGAAACCUGGCUUUGGACUUGGUUACUAAAAAGAAAUCUUCAGCUUUUUGUCUUCUCAAAAGACUGGUGUGCAAUAAGAAGCACAUUUUUUAAAAUUUCAGGUUUUGGAUACUGUGACAAUAUAUUCAUUCUAGAUUUUUUUUUUUAUCUCCAGCGUCGUAAAAAGCCAUGAUGCAAGCAACUUUCUUGUGCUGUAAUAAAACAUGCCAACAUCAGUAUAAUUAAAUACAACAAAUGAGGGAGAAAUAAACAAUAUUACUUCUCAUCAACAAAGUGAAUCUCAGGUUAAAUAUUAGUUUAAGGUUUCUAUGUUUAUGAUUUUGUCUUUGAAGAGGGGGGACAUUGAUUUUAAACAGCUUUUUUGAUCUGUAGCUAGCUUUUGAAUAUAUGUAAUUGAAAUCCCCGAUACAGCUUGGAAAUGAACCUGAAUAUGCUCUGGCAAAGCUAUUGGCCAAAUACUUAAAGACUUCUAUAAAUGACAGUUUCAGUUUAUUCCACGUGGAGUCUGCAUUUAUCCCACUCUAGAGGUAGAGUGAAAUCCAAGAAUCUUUUAGAAGUGUGGAAGACCUGGAAAUGCAGAACUUACAUUCUGGAAUGUUGGAAUCAUCUUCCUUUGAAAAUACCAGAAAAAUAAGCAAACAUGCAACCUUCCAUUUUGCUACUUGACACUUUGGGAUAUGUGCAAUUACUCCCAUCACACAGAGCAAGGAAAUUCAAGUCUGUAAUUUUGUGACUGCAAGGGGUUUUUUAAACAGAUCAUUUGGAUACUAAUGUGCUCCAAGAUGUUUUUUCUAUUUCAGUAUUACCACAUGAAAAUAAAUGUGCCUUAUUUCUUUUAUAUAUAUAUACAUUUUGGUGUCCACACAGUGUUCUUUGGGGUUUGGGUUGGGAGGAUGGAAGUAAUACAUUGAAGCAUUUAUGUUUUGACAGUGAUGACCACACUCUGAUCUCCUGCACCAAGUGUGCAAUGAUGGUGUUUUGAAUGCUUUGACUAUUUGAAUGUAGUGAAAUGAUGUCAUAAAGCAAAAUAAUUAAACAAUAAAGAAUACUGUAAAAUCCAUCUGCUAUUGGCUAAAAGGCCGCAUACACAUUGGUGUGUGUAUUGUAGCAAACAAUGCAUUGAGAAUCAUGUGCCUCUAUUUUUUAAAAUAGUGUCAGUGCUUAUUUUGCCAACGUUUGUUACUCUUUCUGCAUCAUGUAUUUUGCAUUGAGUUCUGGGCGUUGAGUGGGCUUAAGGCUGGUUGGAAACUUUUGGCCCUUCAGAUGAUCUUUUACCAUUCUUUUCCAAUGGACAUUCAGCAAGGAGCUGAUGGAAAUUGUAGGCAAAAACAUCUGGAGGAUAAAAGAUUUCCCAGCCCUGAUUUGAAAGUUCCACUUCCUUUAAAUAAACUGUUUACAACUUCAUGUCAAAUAAGGCUGCAAUCUUAUAAACUCUUACUUAGGAGUAAGCCCUGUGGAACUUCCUUCUGUGGAAAGCUGUAUUAGAAUCACACUGAUAAGUGAAAGUUUAGCCUGAUUGCAUUUCCUUCAACCCUGGCCUUUUUUUUUUAGCUUUACCAAUACAAAUUUAAAUGAUUUCCUUUGAAAUAGGUAUUUUAAUAAGUCAAAAGUGCUUUUUCUGCUCAUUCAUUUUUGUAGUAUAUGUUUCUCAUCUGUGCCACAUUAUUACUAAGUACAUUUAGCUGCACUUAACAUUAAAAUAAACUUUGUCAAAUUUUGGAAGCUCUUUUUAGAGUGCAUCAUAGUUGCCCCACAUCAAUUUUUGUAAACAUUCUUGUGAAUUUUGUUGGGCAAAUGGUAAAUACAUGGUUUGGGGAUUAUAAAAAUUUGUAAAUGGGAUAGUUUUAUGCAAUAGAUAUACAAUUUUGAAUACUUUUAUAUAGAGGUGAAACAUUCUUGCAGAAACCUCCUGUUACUACUUUUUCAAAAAAUUUUAUUGUGUCCAUUGUAUGAUAAAUCUUUGCCAGAAACCUCUGAUUGUUCUUUCAAAACUUCUGAAUAAUAAAAAAUGAUGCAAUAAAUGAUAGUGUUGCUUGUAGAACAUGUUUUCAAAGGAUAUUACAUAUGGCUUAACCUGGAGCCCAGUCUUAAACCUGUUUUCUUGGAAGCCCUCUCAAGUUUAAUAGGAUAAAGCUUAUGGUAAUGCAAGCUGAGGGUCACAGCCUGCUUCCUGUACUUUUUUUUUUACAAAACUUUGUCACCAGCAGUAGAAUCAUGCUUGAAUAUUCCUUAACCAGAAGACUUUUGCUUUAAUUCAGAAUUGUUUUGCGAGGAAAAUCCGUUUGUGGUAACGGUAAUUAAUUGAAUAAAUUCUUUCAUUUUCAAGA